AUGAACUCGACAAAUUCCACAGAAGAAGUUCCUUCUACCACUAACGACGUGGAUCUGACCACGACAGAUCUCACCACGGGAAUUACGGAUAAUAAAAAUAUCAACAUCACAGAUAUUGUCGUCCGAAUUUCUUUGUUAAAACUUGGAAGUCAUUAUUCAACGGCAGGACUGAACUCGACAAAUUCCACAGAGGACGUCCCAUCUACCACUAACGACGUGGAUCUGACCACGACAGAUCUUACCACAGAACUUGAAAGUCAUUAUUCAACGGCAGACAUCAGCUCUACACAAUCCACAGAAGAUGUUCCAUCUACCACUAGCGAUGUAAAUCUGACCACAACAGAUCUGACCACAGAACUUGGAAGUCAUUAUUCAACGGCAGAAAUCAGCUCUACACAAUCCACAGAAGAUGUUCCAUCUACCACUGGCAACAUGAAUCUGACAACAGAUCUUACCACAGGAGAAAUGAACUCAAAUUCCACAGAAGACCUUCCUUCUACCACUAAGGACGUGGAUCCAACCACGAUAGAUCUUACCACAGAACUUGGAAGUCUUUAUUCAACGGCAAAAAUGAGCUCGACGAAUUCGAUAGAAGACGUUCCUUCUACCACUAAUGACGUGGAUCUGACCACAACAGAUCUGACCACAGUAACAGGACUGAAUUCCAGUGAGAACACCUCCACAGCCUACACAGACGUGACCACAGCGGCCCCUCCCACAGUGAAUUGUACAAGUAUAGCUGUCAACGUUCAACACGUGACCCCACUAGAUGAUUCCUAUCUCUACAUCGGCUCCACGGCCACAGUCAGGGUAUCUGUAAUCAUUCCUGUGGGAUUUAUUGAAAUGCUGAGAAUCACCCUCAUCCACGAUGGGGAGAAUAUUGACUUCAAUACAAGGCAGACAUAUCAUUUUGGCGAAAUGAAUUACACGUAUUCCCCACUCAUAUGGAAAAGACAUGACAAAGUGAGUAUUACGUAA